UGAAGAAUUUCUCAGGCUUGAAAUCCAAUACAGGCGUGACUUAGUAGAACUCCAUCCUACCACUAUGAAGAAAAGUGGUGUUCCUUUCCUCUUCGGCAUCAUCUUCUUUGCUCUGUUUGGAGUUCAAGGAACCCCAGUCAUGAGGCAUGGACGCUGUUCCUGCAUCAGCACUAGCCAAGGGACCAUCCAUCUAAAGUCCUUGAAAGAAAUUAAACAGUUUGCCCCUAGCCCUUCCUGCGAGAAAACUGAAAUCAUUGCUGCAAUGAAGAAUGGAGAUCAAUUGUGUCUAAACCCAGAUUCUGCAGAUGUGAAGAAAUUAGUGAAAGAGUGGGAGAAACAGAUCAGCCAAAAGAAAAAGCAAAAGAAAGGGAAAAAAUAUGAAAAAACCAAGAAAAUUCUGAGAGGUAAAAAAUCUCGACGUCCUCGUCAAAAGAAGACUACAUAAGAGACCACUUUACCAACACGUUAUUUUGUGUUAAAAAUGUUUCAUUGUAAUGAUACUGAAAUAAUUUCAAAAGAGGAUGGCUUAGUAAUUUGAUUAGAAAAUUAAAAUAUUAUUUUGAAAUUGUAACUAAAGUUAAAAAGUCAAUUUUAAAAAUCUAAAUGUUAAGAAUUGCUGUCUUUGUUCUGUACCCCCAACCAGCUGAGUUUCAUCAUGCUUAAGAUAACAAUCUUAGUAACACCCCCAUCUGGACAGAUGCCCACACAACCUCAUCCCACACAACAGCUAUCUGGGAAAGUAACCUCCGGCUUCCUGGGCCCUGGAACUGUGGCCUCCAGAGAGUAUUCUGAGGCAUGAGUCUGCAAGCACCAGGCCUGUUAGCACGCUGGGAGCCAAGCAGUUUGAAGUAGAGCUGGACUUCGCCAAGCUGCCAGUGGCCAGCAUCUACAUUUGAAUCUGUCCACAGUCCUCACAUACCAUGUCUGGGGGAUCCAAGCUGGCUGUUUCUAGGUAUUCCCACUGCAGACCACCAUUGUCUGGCUUUCAGAACCUCCUUCCUGGCAUUUGAAGCCAUGUGGCUCCCAUCUUGCCUGCCCAGGCUGACCACUGUACUUGUUACGGUUCCCCUUUGCUUCCUUCAAGCCAGCCCUCCCCACCCUAGCGGGGUCCAAGCCUGCCUUCUCCCCAGCAGCAUGCCAUCCUCUCGCAUCCACCCAGGUCUGCUCCUUUCUCACUUUCCCCAGCGUCCCAUGGGAGUGCUUUCAUCUCCCCACCCAGCUUCAGUCAGCCCAGUCUUCAAGACUCAGUUCAAAUCCUGCCUCUCAAAUACAACUCCUCUGGACACUCACAUUAUCUUAAAACUCCUAUUUCACUGUGUUUAGUACCCCAUGGGUGAGCCCUUGAUUGUUAGCUAACUAAUUGGGGAGUGUUUAUCCUAGCUGUCCAACUAGAUUGUCAACUCCUUGAGAGCCGAGGCCUUGGUUUAUCUCCCUGAAUCUGCCACCAUGCAUAAUAAUACUGUGGAACUAGGUUAUCAAUAUUGUCUUAAUUGUAGUUGUUACAGGUAGGAGGGCAAUGGGGCCAUCUUCUCAGAGGUGGCCUUGGCUACUUCCUAGCCACUCCAUGUCGGCUAGUCCCCGAGCUCCUUACCCGUUAGCAUCAGGCCACAGAUACUGCAGGGACCAGGGAUGACGCAACAUCCUUGUAUUAUUAGCACUAUAAUAAUUAAUACUGGUGGGAAUUCACAACUGAGUUCAUAAAAUAUAUGAGACACCUAGAAUCACAGAAUCUCACACUAAAAAGGGCUUUGGAGAUCAGCCAGUGGCCAAACUCCUCCCCUCCCAGUACAAAAGUUCCUUCAAUACUGUUCCUGACAAGCCUCAGCUUUCUAUGGUCUAACAAAAUAGCCACUAAGAUCCUUUUCAAAACUCAUUUUAGACAAGUAUAAAUUGUAUUGUCAGUUUAACUUGUUGUGGAGUGUGUAUCGUGAUAUCAGUUACCACACCAGCUCUCAUGAAGAAAGGGAACAGCGAGACAUGUGAGCUUCCAGGAGCAGCACUCUCUGUGAGUGAAGACGUGCCUGGGGCCCAGAAAUCUCCUUAAAGAGAAAGAUAUUUUGAUUAGAAAAUUAGUGAAUCAUGUAGGAAAGGAUGGCUUUGGCCAGAGUUUAAACCUAUACCCAUUUCCCCAAAUUUUAUCACCCCUCACAAUACUGAUGAUGUUGAGUGCUGCCCAGUAGUAAUUCCAUCCAAAUGUUUUAUAUAAUCAUGAAACUCCUAACUUCCUUCCUUGUAACUUCCCUAAGAAUUCUAAAUGUUCUAUAAUUUAAGAGUCAUUUACCUUGCAUAUCACAGUAAACAGUGUUUAACUCAUAACCAGAGACCAUGUUUUCACUAUGUAUCUAGGGGUAAAUAUAUAUGUAUGCACACAUUAUGAUCAUUUAUAUAUACAUGUGUAUUCUAAAAGCAAGUAAUUUUUAAGUUCAAAGCAGUAUUGGCAUAUAUACCUUGUACUUUGGAAUAUUUUCUGUAUUAAAAGGUAAUGGUAGCAAUAAAUAGUCCAUUGAU